AUGAGCUUUGAGUUUGAUGAUGAUCAAAAUGAUGACAACCAGGGUGAUUAUCAAUGGUUUAAUCUAAAUUCUCCUCAGCAAGAGAUGGCUCCGAUGGACGAUUUCGCAGCACCACAAAUGGGUGGUUCAGGAUUCGUUUUUGACUUUGAACCAGACCCGCAAAUGGAAACUACUAUUCCAAUGCAACCAGUUUCCCCACAACAGCUUGAUUGGAAGACAACUGAUACUCUGAAUUUUAUGAAUCUUCCACCUUUGCCAACUGUUGCUAAACAUAGGAGAAACUUAACACAGCCAAUAGCACGUAAUGAAGCAGCACCUCCGAAGAAAGGUGAGUCUACAUUCAUCGUCAGAAGACACAGAAAAACUCCAUCAAAUGCCCCAGAAGUAUUACCACCAGAACCAGGAUCAGAAGAUGCUCUUUUCGAAGAAAAGUGCAAAGACAAGAAUUUCGUCAUUAAUCCUGCAAAAAUCGGCUUUAUUCCAAGUAAAUUCUGGCCAGACAAAAAUUUUGCUUUUGGCGAUAUUGUCGCUGAUUUCUUCCAGCGUAAAAACAAUGCAAAUUGCCGCUUUUCUCACAAACUAUACAACGCAAUUCAAAUUUCAAAGAAUUUACCAGACCUUCAGAUAUUUACAGGCGUCGAAUGGGUCGGAAAGUACGUUCUCAAAGUAAAUAAAAACAGAUUUGCUCGUUUACUUGGCAUCCAUUCGAUUGACGGCUCAUUAUUCCAUCAACAAGGUAACUUCUCCACUCACGGCUUCAUAGAAGUUGGAGGUGAAGAGGCAAAGAGAUUAAUCGGAGAAGCAGAGUUCAAUGCAAUGAAUGUAGAAGUUGUUAGGUUAUUAAUGCAUCAAAAUGGAAUUUUCAACCGCGAUACAACCGAGGAAGAACUCGAAAAUUGCAAAUGGGUUAAUUACAGAAAGAAAGGUGCUUCCGCCCAAUAA